AUGAUUGGCUUAAUUUUUGCCGUUAUAUUUGGUCUAGAUAUUUUGUUAUUCAGUCCUUGUGAAGGUAUGGACUAUAUAUAGACGCACAAGUUUCCAUACAACUCUAAUUAAAUGAGGAAAACACUACAUGCAUAGGGGCACAUUAUUUAAAAUAUUGCUCUUGUCCAAUGCCAAGUGCACUGCAUGAGUAGGCCGUAGUUAACCGUAGUUAACGGUUUAAAAAGUAAAAUAUUUUUCUUCUUUUUAUUCCUCCGAUUAUAAUGACAUUUUUCCCUCAAGAAAGACUGAUGCUUAUUAUAAAAAAGUUGCAUCACCAACAUGGUAAAUUAGAAUAAAAUUGCUAUGAUUGGGCCAUUCCAGAAAACAUCCACAACAUGAAGGAUGUUGGGAGUUCGGACAUCAUGGUAUAGUUUCCCCUUUCUCUCUUGUGUAGGUCAAAUCUCCCUCUCGCCAGGUGGCGAUACCUUUGUUGUUCUCCCUGGAGAAAAUGUGUCAAUAGCCUGGAAACUUAAUGUCAGCAUAACUGACGUACUGGGUCGAUGGUGGACAUUCCUUCCAAAGAACGAAUAUCUUUUUGCUGAUAUCAUUAGAGAUGGAAAUGUGAUUGAAUUCCCCCAAUACUCACCUGGACCAUUUACAAUAACAAAGCCUUCAACGUUGAUUUUAAAGAACGUUACUAUCCAGUGCAAUGGAACAUACACAUUUAGUAUUUUGGCAAAGGGUAAACCUAUUGCUGCAUCUAAUGUUACUGUGUUUGUUGCAGGCAAGUGUCAUUUGUAUGUUAUCCUAUACCUUUUUACCCUGCUUUUGCAGAAUUUUUAGUACACUUAUUUUCAGGCAGUAACAAAUUGGUUCAGGCAAGUACAAUGCAAUCAAUAGAUUGCAUUUCCUCACGAAGUGGUGGAUAAUGUUUGACUGAUUUGAUUGACUGUUGCAAAACGAAAGGCGUAUUAUAAGCGUAUUAUUGAAGGUUUUUGUAGAUGGAAAUUUCAAGCCAAAAUUAUACUUUCAGACAUGAUACGGGAACAUGCAGUUGCAAAAAAAUGCAUUUUUUGUAUUGUACAUUAUACAUUAAAAAAGAACAGAACAUGAAAACAAAUUACAAAUACAAAUCCAUGUUGAAAUGGUGGCCUAAAAUAAAUCGUGCACAGCUACAGGCAAUAAUAUGAUUUAAGAAAGAAAAUCGACAGCGGUGUGGGAAAGAUAUUUUCUUACUGAUUCUGCCAUUCAGUACAAUACGUAGAACAACAAGGAAAAUGUAACGAAAAUAUCUCGUAUCGUUACACCGUGAGAUUAAAUGUUUGAAUCAUGAAUGUCCACUUGAGUAGAAACAAAAUUCAGCUUCUGUGACAGGAUAGAUCACUCGUUUCCAACCUCAUUCACAGAUUUAUUAAGUAAACAGAGACAUUCAUCCAUACAUUUUGAGCACAUACAUCUCGCCUAACGUCUGCCGUAGCCUCAUCAUCUACCUAUACUCGAAUCAAAGUAACGAGCCACGAACAAUGAUUUUUGUUUCUGAUUUGUUUCUGAAAGCCAAUCACAAAACAUAGUCAUUUUAGGUAGGUCUUUACCUGUGCCGUCCUCUCUGGAGAGUAUUAGCAUAUAUCAGCCCCUAUCGGAAAAUGCUCGAAAUUAAAAUAUACUUAGGGAGCGAUCAUUAUUCAUUAAUUUGAGAUUGCAAUGAACUGCCACAAAUACAACAGUUCCAUUGAUGCAUAUAAUCCUAAUUUGAAGAAAUAUCCACCAGCUCAGGAAAUUCCAUUUUAAGACCCCAGAUUUUAAUGAUUUCGGGGGAGCACGCCCUCAAUCCCCCUAAAGUUUGCCUAUAUGGGGCCCUUAACCAAACAAAUCUUCUGCCGUCUAUACGGCAUACAAAAAUAUCAACAUGUAUAUAGACAAGAAUAAUUAUUGUAGAAUAUACAAUGUGUAGGAACAAAUUGGAUAGCAUUACAUAAACUUUCAAGUAUUUAUAUGUCUACAUCAAGACGAACUUCCCAAUAGGAGGUGGGUGGGGGGGGGAGUCAAAUUGAGCUUUGUGGAGAGUCGAAGAAAACAGAGCAUGUUAUACUCAUUUGCGCCAUUUGAGCGAACUACUGUAUGCCCUAACCAUAAUAAUAUAAUAUACUUACCUUUCCGAAAGACUUACAGUACAUGGCUUCAUCACAUUUCAGAAAAGCCAAAUGUUACAUUGAGUUGUUCCAGUCCUAUCAUAGUAAAUGAAGGUGAUGACUUCACAUGUGUAUGUAGAGGUGAAGGUGGAAACCCUCCAGCCAAUGUAACUUGGUAUAAAGAUGAUGUCCAGAUUGGUAGAACAGGAAACGAAGAACAGACAUUAACUCUCAGGAAUGUUGGUGGAACAGACAGUAGAACAUACAAGUGUGUGGCCCAAAGUCACACUCUAGUGGAGAAAAAGUUAGUCGAAGUAAAAGUAAGGCAAAAUUGUAAGUAUUGUUGUACGUAUAUUGUAUAUGUAAUUACUUAAGCUGGUGACGUUUGCGCAUAUGCAAAUUUAGAAACUGUAUAAGAAGGAAAUAUUUCUGUUCGGUCAAUACAGCUGCCAACAAAGAGGAUGAUGAGACGACUGUUGCAGUAUGGCAUAUUGUUGUAUUUUUGGUGUCCGGGAUUAUGAUUGGAACUCUUCUUUCCUACAUUGUCUUUUGUUCUCGUCGUAAAUUUAGAAGCAGGAAACCUCAGUCAAAGCCUGAACCAAAGACAACUGAAGUUGAUACAACUUAUCAAGAGCUUGAUCUUUCAAAAAUGAACACAGAAGAUAAUUAUCAAUCAUUAAGAGUGAAUGCUGCAAGUUUAUAUGACGCUGGAAAUCAAACUGCAAAUGACGAGGAGUCAACAUAUACUGAGUUGAGCAAAACCAGAGAUGUGGAGAACAACUAUCAAUCUUUAACUUAUAUUAUUUCAAGAUAA